GUUCCGCAUCUUGCCGUCCUCAUCGAUCAAUAACCCACCGCUCGGGAUGAGAAGAAAAAGAGGGAGCGAGCGAAAGAGGGAGGGGAAGCGUCGUCUUCCUUUCUUCUUUCCCGACCUUCGUUCUCAGUCUCUCAAGAGGAAUUGGCUGUGGAGAUCGCCGAUCCUUUUUGUUCUGUCUCCGUUCGCCUUCUCGAGAGCGAGCAGUUGAAUCGGUGGAACGAUAAGUUGGGUUUGGCAAUCAGGGUAACGUGCUGCAGUUACUUGGUGUCGUCUGUGGGGUUCCCUUCUUCCUGCAUUUCUUUCGUUUAUGCGAAUGCAGUUCGUUGGGUUUGACAUACCGAAGAGGGUGUUGAAGGGCGAGGGGAAAUACAGCUGAUUUCAUAACCUCGUGCGCGAGAGAUCUUUUGUUCUGUUUUCUCUAGAGGUGUCUGGAUGGCGGAGAAUAUGGCUUCGUGCCAUGGAUCAAGGGAAUUAGCAAAAGGAAAAAGCAGCAAACGUGGUUAUCCUUCCCUUGUAGAAGGCCCAUCCCCUGGACAAAAAAGUAAAGUUCAGAGGGUUGGGGAUUACAACGGAAACUUCGACAAUUCUGGUGAACAAAUUCUUCCAAGAUUUUCACCUAAUUCGGUUCUCCUAGUGAGUCUUGCAGGUCAGGUAGUGGGAACCGAAGAAAAUAAGGCCGAGCGAAGCCCCAAAGAGGAGAGCGCUUCUCAUAAGUUGACCACGGAUGCGAAUGUGAGGGACACUUUGAAGCGAAAACGUGAUUCGAUGAUUGAGAGAUUCAGUGUGGACAAAAAAUCGUCUAUUUCUUCUCUUCGUGCCGAAUUAGACGGCCUGUUCAAAUAUUUUGAUGAAGUUUCAGAUCAAAAAACGAUCUUAGGCAGGGAAGACAGUGUUGAAGUAAAGCUGAACAGGUUUAGUAAUUCAACAGUAGCAUGCUUACUGGAAGAAAGUCGACUUCCUUUCUCCAAAUUGGUGGAACAAAUUUUUGACAAAUUGAACAAAAGCGGUUCUGGGGAUUCUGCUGGACUCACCUUGUCAGCUGUAAGAAGUUCGGUGCUCUUUGCAGGACAAAGAUCAAUGUAUGGUAUUCCAAAGCCAGAUGCUGAUGUUCUUGAAGAUGAAUCUGGGACUUGUCUCUGGUGUUGGGAGGCAAGAGAUAUGAAAUUGCUGCCCAAGUCCGAGCGUGGAACCAUAAAUGUUCGGCGUAUUUGCCGAAAGAAGAUUCAUGAUCGCAUAAUGGCAGUUUCAGCAAUGAUAUCAUCCCUAUCAGCUUCAGAAAAUCAAGCUAAUUACAAAUCAGAUCUGAUGAAGGCAGCUGAAAAAAUUGUGAGGAUAUCAGAUGAAGCACAAAUACGUGCAUUUGCUAAUAGUCUGAUUCAAAGACAUUCUGUUCUUGAGGAAGAGAAGGAAGCUAAGUUGAAAGAAAAGGCAUUUAUCAAGGAGAUGGAGCAAAACAAACGAACGGUUGAUAAAGAACAGAAAAGACUGGAGAAAGAACUCAGAAAAGAGCAGCUGCGAAAUGAAAAGGAACUCAAGCGGCAGCUUGAUGUAACAGCAAAAGAAGAAAAACAACGCGAGAAAGAGGAAGCUGAGAUGAGAAAACAGCUCAAAAAACAUCAGGAAGAAGUUGAAAAGGACCAAAGGCGCCGUGUAAAACAGGAAACUGAACUGAAGAAGCAACUUGCAAUAAAGAAGCAAGCUUCAAUCAUGGAGCGCUUUUUGAAACGAAAUGCCAAUAGUACCAGUGAUGACCAGUCAUCAAAAGGUGUACCUGAACCUGUUCCAACUGUCCACAAUGAAGGGGUGCUUAACGAAGUUGUAUCAUCAAUGGAUCAAACACUUUCUCAACAAGUUAACUUGAGUUCCUCUGAACUUCUAAAAUUGCACUUAGUUGUUUGGAAAGGUCGGUCCUGUUCUGCUUCUUGUAACAAAUCCAAGCGCUGGGGAUUUCGACAUCGUCCUAAAGUAGAACUGAUUAAAGAACUUAGACUACAGAGAACAUCCUGUGUAGCUGGCCCCUCUGGAAAAGUGGUAGAUCCAACCAGACAUGGCUGCAGUAAUGUAGAUGAUGCUGAGGAAGUAAACAUUGAGAAGCUUGUACAUGGAUGGGGGGAAGCAGUUUUAAGUGAUGGUCCAACCCUCAAUACAGUGACCACUGGUUCCACUGAUAUGCAAGUUGUUGGUAGGAAAAAGAAGCUUCUGCAAUUUGACAAGAGCCACCGACCUGCUUAUUAUGGUACCAUGUCAAGGACGAGUGAUGUUGUUGGCCCGCGUCAUCCUUUGCAGAAGGAUCCAAACCUGGACUAUGAUAAUGACAGUGAUGAGGAAUGGGAGGAGGAGGAUCCAGGUGAAAACUUGUCAGAUUUUGAUAAAGAUGACGAGGAAGAAAACAUAGAGUCAGAUGAAAAUCCCAAGGCAGAGGAUGAGGAUGAAAGUGAAGACGGGUUUGUUGUUCCGGAUGGUUAUCUUUCUGACAAUGAGGGAGUAUAUGUCGAUGAACUGGAGCUUGACAACUCAGAAGAUGAGUCUAAAAUUUCAACCACCAGGAAAAUUGAGGCAGAAAGAGGAGAUAUUAAUGCAUUAUUGAAGCAGCAAAAGUACCUUUCUGGUUUAACCGAUCAUGCUCUUGGGAAGAAUCAGCCCUUGAUAAUACUAAAUCUAAUGCAUGAGAAGGAUGUGUUGAUGACCGCUGAAGUUAAUGGCACGCAGAGGCUAGAACAGAUCUGCCUACAAGCUCUUAGCAUGCGGCCGAUGACUGAAGGCAUUUCAAUCGACAUAACAACCAAUUGGGAAAGAUGUGAAGAUACAUGUACUCCUAAUAUGCUGGGCAAUAACAAUAAUUAUGCUGCUGUCGCCAAUUCUUUACAAGAAUCUGAUUUGCCUGAAAUUGUAUCCUCAAUCCAAUCUCAUUCCCAUGGCAUCAAUAAGGUGAUUGAAUCCCUGCAAAAGAAGUUCCCUUCUGUGCCGAAGGUACACUUGCGAAGUAAGGUGAAGGAGAUAUCAGAAUUUUCUGACAACCGCUGGCAGGUUAAGAAAGAUAUCUUGGAUAAGCUUGGGUUAUCAGCAUCUCCAGAAAAACAUUUUAUGAGAUCAAAGGGAAUUGCUACUUUUUUCAAGAAGCGAUGUUUGCCACCAGAAGGUGAAUUUGCAAAUACCAUGGGAUCCCCUCUACAGCCGUGUGAAAAAACUAAUACUGUGCUUGGAAACCCUCGCACUGUAUCAGAUGCACUGUGAUGAUUGCCAUGCAGAUUGCGUUUGGUUAGCCUUCUGCAAGUUUGUCUUUGUUGAUUAAUCUUUGUGCAAAUUCGAGCAUUACAUGUACAGCCACUAAUACUAGAUGCUUUUUUGAGCAAAGCAAACCAUCAGAGACCUCAACUGCUAUCAAUAUAAGCUUCAAGAGGACUACUUUCCAAUGUAAUCAUUUUUUGAGCCAUGCUUUAGCUGGUAUAUGAUAUAUAUGAUUUGGUUAUCUCUUUUU